CUUGUACUCCGUUUCACCCACCCAUAAACCUCGCUGGUGCGUGCGGAUACAGAAAUCCUUUUAGAGAUGUUUGUGCUUCUUGACUUCUCCCAAGUGAAGAAGAUGGUAAAGUUUUGAGCAGUCUUGGAGGAGCGCAUGCACUGGGUUGGCUGAGAAGAUGAAGGUAGCUUCCAUCUACAGAAGAGGAUUUGAUCUUCUUAGUUUGGGAGUAGGCGUGCUCAUCGGAUGCUUCCUGGUCUCUCUCACCUAUGUCACCAUGUACAAGUCUGACAUGCUUGCUACGAUGGCUUCUCAGAUGUCGAAAGCAGAUGCCUAUUCUUGGAUUUCUCAACAAAUAGAUUCGGAGAGCAAGCCAAGGUGCAACCAUGGCAGCGCAGCAUCGUAUCUUUGCGAAAAUAGUGAAACCAUUGAGACAGCAAGGGUUUCUUCCUCUGCAGGAUCUGAGAUUCCCUCUCAAAGAAAUGAGUUUUCUGCAAGCGAAACCACGCGAGCUUCUUCCCCUGCAGAUGGCAAGGAGCAGAGCGCCAAGCUUCCUUGUGAUCCAGACUCCGUUGGAUGCACAAUAAAUAAUGGAAGUAAAGAUGCAUUUUCUCCUCCACCUACUUCGGUCGAUGUUCACCGCUCGCAGGUUCCUGUCAAAAGCAGCGCUUGGAAAUCUGAUCCGGCGGAGUUCGACACGAAGCCUAUGUGCGACACGUCGAGCCACCGGUGCGACCUCUGCGACAUCCACGGCGACAUCAGAAUCAUCACCGGCAAAGACUCGCCCUCCGUUCUCCGCGUCACCGACUCUUCGUCCACCGACCACCAGUCAUGGCAGGUGAAGCCCUACGCCCGGAAGUGGGACCAUGGCGUGAUGGGCUACAUGAAGCCUGUCACUGUUCGCUCGACUGCCGACACAGCCGCCACGCCCCGUUGCGACGUCACCCACGCCGUCCCUGCCGUUGUCUUCUCCAUGGGCGGCUACGUCGGCAACCACUUCCACGACUUCACCGACGUGCUCGUCCCGGCGUUCCAGACGGCGCGCCAGUUCGACGGCGAGGUCCAGCUCGUCGUCGCCCGCCUCAACCGGUGGUGGAUGAAUGCCAAGUACGGCCCCUAUUUCCGCAAGCUCUCCCGGUACGACGCUAUCGACCUCGACAACGACGCGCGCGUGCACUGCUUCGAGCGCGCCAUCGUGGGGCUCCGCGCCGACGCGGACCUGAUGAUCGACCCGGCGAAGUCGCCGAUGGGGUACACCAUGUCGGACUUCCGGCAGUUCAUGAGGAGCACCUACGGCCUCAACAGAGACUUCGCGCUGAAACUAGCAGAGCAGACGGAGAAGAAGCCGCGUUUGCUGAUGAUCGCGAGAUCCGGGAGCAGAAAAUUCAUGAAUGCCGACCACAUCGUGAAGCUGGCCGAGAAGCUCGGAUUUGAGGUGGUGGUCACGGAGGGCGCUUUGGACUUGGCGGAGUUCUCGCAGACAGUGAACUCGUGCGACGUGAUGUUCGGCGUGCACGGCGCGGGGUUGACCAACAUGGUAUUCCUGCCGACGAACGCGGUGGUGAUCCAGGUGGUGCCGUUCGGCGGCCAUGAGUGGAUCGCCAGCACCUACUUCGGGAAUCCGGCGACGGGGAUGGAGCUCCACUACUUGGAGUACACCAUUACCGCCGACGAGAGCUCGCUGACGGAGCUGUACCCGAGGGAUGAUCCGGUGUUCACGGAUCCAAAGUCGAUCCACAAACUUGGGUGGGUAAAAAUGGGGGAGAUUUACUUGGACAAGCAGAACGUGAGGUUGGAUUUGGAUAGAUUCCGGCCUGUUCUGGAGAAGGCUCUUGACCUUCUCAGGAAGUAGAAACUCUGUCUAGAUUUUGCUUGUUUAUGUUAUUGGUAGUAACGGAAAAUUCACAGAUAGAAAUUCAUAAAUCUGUUCGAUAGAACUCGCUCGACCUUCUUCGCAACUCAUGACAGCACAUGCGAUUGAACUGAUUAAGGUUAUAAAUAUAAGAAAUCUGUUUUUUUAUGUGUUUGCUGUAAUCAACUUAUGAUAAUUAAUAAAAGGUCUCUCUCAAUUCAUUCUA